GGGUUCAACCUCCAUCCCUGCCGGCAAUUUCUGUUACCGCCUUCCGAGUUGCCAUUUCCGGCCACUCGGCUCACCUGCCAGGCCAGGUGCUGUUCCAUCCAUCCAUGAUGGCUGAUGCGAUAGCUUAUUGAAGCAGCGGUGCAUGUAUGCGACAACAUAUCUUACGGUAUUUGAGCUGGAGGUUGUUGGCCGUCGACUCACCUGAUCGGGAUUUCUUUUCCUCCCGAGCUAUUUUCGGUUUCCAAUGUUGCCAUGCUAUAACACCCUCAUACGCUCGCCGCAAUAUCUUGUUGAAGUUGUUGUUGUUCGCCGAAAAGCAUGUCAGUCUCGGACUGAUAUCUAUCAUCAUGCUUUUCCAAUUCAUCUCUCAAGUUCCAAUGGAGAAAGCCUAGACUACGCACUUGACUUCCUACGCCACGCUCUAGCUUUCUCCGUGCGCGUGAGUGCUAGCAUAGUUGCUGCUUCUGCUCCCUACGUGACUGCAAUG